UGGCUGUUUGGAAGGCCGCAGCCGGAGCUCGUGGGCCUGUGAGCUAUCGGCCCGUAGCAGAGUGCCGGAGCUGGAUGCCCUCUCCCUCCCUCCCACUCGCCAGAACUUCUACCGGUGUCACCCCUGGGUCCUUGAGUUCAGCACAUCUGUAUUGCUUUGUGCUGAGAGCAGUAAGAUGUAUAGUGCAGUGAAAAAUAAUGUGGAACUUUUGAAUUAGAAUGUCUGCCCUUUCAGUUCCAUUGAAUGGUCCUUGAUCUAGGGCAAGUUGUUUUAAUCUAUCUGAACCUCAGUGCCUUCACCUGCAAGGUUUAUAGCUGCGCCUAUCACUGAGUUGUUUGUAAGGAGUUGACAUAGUUCGGUUGUCUCUCAAAAUAGGAUGUUCCCUUUAAGUUAAGAAACAUACCCUGAUAUUCCUGAUAUCAUCAUCAAGUAAGGAUGCUAAUCAGUUUUGAUUUUUAACUGUGAAUCGGGUAGAUGCGCCUAGGUUUGGUUUAAACUAAAUAUGCCAGUAAAUUUUUUAUAUAAUUUAUUAUACAUGGAUCUGUAAACUCAAAACUUAUAUAAAGGGAGUUUUUAUUAAAAGGAAAGGCACGUUGGGGGAAAGGGUAAGAUCUGUGGUAUGAGGUUACUAUAUUUGAUAUAAUUACAAGUGAACUUUACAUUAUUUAUUAGCAUCUGUUAAGUGUUUAAUGAAUUGAUGUAUAGUCAUUUUUGUGUUGCAAGGUUCAGGAAUUAGUUUAAGAAGGAAAAAGUGGAAGCUCCAGGAGAAUUAAUAAAACACAAAGCAAUUCUGAUUGGGUGUCUCUGAAUGGGACUGAAAAGUGGGAUCGGCCUUAGGAACACUUUAGUAAAAUUCUUACAUUUUACAAUAAAGUAACAGGUCCAGAAAAGUUACUGGACAUGAGUAAUAAAUUUAAACUUGAGUUUAGUGCUAUUGCCACUAGUAAUAAAAUUCAGUACAUUAGGAUUGUACACUGUUAAACUUGUGAGAUUAGGUACAAAGAAAUCAGCAACUUGGGGUUAUGCCUAACUCCGGAACUUCUCAGAAUCCAUUCCAGGCAAAAUCAAGUGCCAAGACUUUAAUUAAAUUUAAUGCCAGAUGUAUUUCUUAAUGCUUUCUAUAGACAAGUGGUAGUUAAAUAUAAUUUACUGUGGUCCUUAUCUUUAAGCUUAUAAUAUUUAAGAGGCUAAAACAAGAACAAAGUUAGUGGUGAAAUACAACAAAAUGUAGCACCAAAAAAAGUAGAAAGCAGAGAGAUCUAAAUGGGAAGAUCAAGAAAGAAUGAAAGAGAUAACAUCUGAGAAGAACCUUGAAAGACUGAUAAGAUUAUAACACAUAUAGUUCAGAGGCUAAGAAUUGAUCUUGAUGAAUAAAGCAGUCAUAAUUCAUCUCUAGAAAGAUUGUUUUUACCAUGGCAUUUGAAAUGCUUUUUAUUUAGAAUAAUAGUAAAAAUGGAAAAAGAAAAAGGAAAUGAUGGAAUACUAGACCAAGAGAAUUCCUUGGAUUUUUCUGAACACUUUAACCAACUUGAAUUGUUGGAAACACAUGGACACCUUAUUCCUACUGGGACUCAAAGUCUCUGGGUAGGCAAUUCUGAUGAAGACGAGGAGCAAGAUGAAAAAGAUGAAGAGUGGUAUCGAUUGCAAGAAAAAAAAAUGGAAAAAGACCCAAGCAAAUUGCUUCUUUGGGCUGCUGAAAAAAACCGGCUUUCUACGGUGCGGAGACUACUUUCUGAAAAGGCCACUCACGUGAACACUAGGGAUGAAGAUGAGUAUACGCCUCUUCAUCGCGCAGCCUACAGUGGACACUUAGAUAUUGUCCGGGAGCUCAUUGCUCAGGGGGCAGAUGUUCAUGCAGUGACUGUGGAUGGCUGGACGCCCCUGCACAGUGCUUGUAAGUGGAAUAAUACCAGAGUGGCUUCUUUCUUACUGCAGCAUGAUGCAGAUAUCAAUGCCCAAACAAAAGGCCUCUUGACCCCCUUGCAUCUUGCUGCUGGGAACAGAGACAGCAAGGAUACCCUAGAACUCCUCCUGAUGAACCGUUACGUCAAACCAGGGCUGAAAAACAACUUGGAAGAAACUGCAUUUGAUAUUGCCAGGAGGACAAGUCUCUAUCACUACCUCUUUGAAAUUGUGGAAGGCUGUACAAAUUCUUCACCUCAGUCUUAACAGUUACAGUAAUUUUCUUAAGUUUCUAAGUGCCAGUGCCUCCUUUGUGUGAGAUGUAAAGUAUUCCCAUAAUCAAAGUUGAUGUCAAACAUCUUACUACAAAAAUUCUGUCGUAUUCAUUAUAAUGUUCUUCCAAGCGGAUUGCCUGACUUUGAUGUCAAAUGUAUUUGAAAGUUGUUUGCAUAUAUCUUUAAUGAUUUCUGUGGAGUUUGUCAUUUUUAUCAGAAAUAAUUUUAAUGUGUGUAUACUUCAAAACUUGACACGGGUUGUAUAGAAACUGAUAUUUUUGGUGCUGAUCCAAGAGAAAUGUAUUUUUAAAUAUCCCACAUCCUAGAUCUUUGUUGAGUAAUUAGCAAUAUACAAUUAGUAAUUGUAUAUUGACAUAUUUUUAUAAGGUGAGGUAACUCAGAACCUCAUUUAAAAGUCUAAAAUAUUCUGAUAUAAUUCAUCUGUCUUCUCUACCUUACCAUAGCCAGUUGCUUUCAUUUUAAACCAGUGCAAGUAAGAUAUUAGUAACUUGAAUCUUCAUAAGUUAAAGAAAAAAACAGCAAAAACCUAGAUCCUUGUCUUUUAGAACACAGACCAUUUUCAGGAAAGCAUUUAGCUAGGUGUUUAAUUCAUGAAUAUUGUAUACUGCCUCCCCUGCCACAAUUUACACAAUCCCUUGGAUAGUCCUACCUCACCCUGGUCAACCUAAUGAUCGUUAUGCUAAUGGCGAAUCAUUAUGACCUUGUAGACAUGCACACAACUAUACCUUUGUCCAAGAGAUCAUAAUAUAUCUGCUAUCCAACUGGUUUUACCUGCCUAAUCCUACUGAGUUGGGCACUGCUCUCAUAAUCUCUCAAGUUCACAGGAAAUGUUGAUUUUCUAAGGUCCUCAUUUUUACAAACUAUACAAGGGCAAACUAAUGGGAAAAUGAAUUCUGAGAGUAAGGGGAUGAUUAUUAUAUUGAGGCUAAAACCACAAAGUGGCUCAGGCUUUUAAAAAACAAACAAACAAAAAAACCACUGUGGAUAAUGACAAACAGCAUAAGUAAAAAUAUUUGCGAAAAAUAAAGUACAAGUUUUGAACAACACAAAA